UGUCGGUAAGGAGAGGGCGGGCAGCACCGAGGCGCGCGCAAUCCGGCUGACGCAUCUGGCCCGGGUUCUCUAAAACCCGAGGGGAGGGGGAGGAGGAGAAAGAGCAGAGUGCGCGCAUGCCCAGUGGCGCGGGGAGGAGCAGGGUCUUACCGGAGGGUGAGGAGGGUGCUUGCAAGCCGGUCCGGGCGCGCACACCAUGGGGGAGAAACCCGGGACCAGGGUCUUCAAGAAAUCAAGCCCUAACUGCAAGCUCACCGUGUACUUGGGCAAGCGAGACUUUGUAGAUCACCUGGACAAAGUGGAUCCUGUAGAUGGAGUGGUGCUCGUGGAUCCUGACUACUUGAAGGACCGAAAAGUGUUUGUGACCCUCACCUGCGCCUUUCGCUAUGGGCGUGAAGACCUGGAUGUGCUGGGCUUGUCCUUCCGCAAAGACCUGUUCAUCGCCACUUACCAGGCCUUCCCCCCAGUGCCCAACCCACCCCGGCCACUCACCCGCCUACAAGACCGGCUGCUGAGGAAGCUGGGCCAGCAUGCCCACCCCUUUUUUUUCACAAUACCCCAGAAUCUUCCCUGUUCUGUCACACUGCAGCCAGGACCAGAGGACACAGGGAAGGCCUGCGGGGUAGACUUUGAGAUUCGAGCUUUCUGUGCCAAAUCACUAGAAGAGAAAAGUCACAAAAGGAACUCUGUGCGACUAGUGAUCCGCAAGGUGCAGUUUGCCCCAGAGAAACCCGGCCCCCAGCCCUCAGCAGAAACCACGCGCCACUUCCUUAUGUCUGACCGGUCCCUGCACCUCGAGGCAUCCCUGGACAAGGAGCUGUACUACCAUGGGGAGCCCCUCAAUGUCAACGUCCAUGUCACCAACAACUCCGCCAAGACCGUCAAGAAGAUCAGAGUCUCUGUGAGACAAUAUGCCGACAUCUGCCUCUUCAGCACAGCCCAGUACAAGUGUCCAGUGGCCCAGCUCGAACAAGAUGACCAGGUAUCUCCCAGUUCCACGUUCUGUAAAGUGUACACCAUAACCCCACUGCUCAGUGACAACCGGGAGAAGCGCGGUCUUGCUCUAGAUGGGAAACUCAAACAUGAGGAUACCAACCUGGCUUCCAGCACCAUCGUGAAGGAGGGGGCUAACAAGGAGGUGCUGGGAAUCCUGGUGUCCUAUAGGGUCAAGGUGAAGCUGGUGGUGUCUCGAGGCGGGGAUGUCUCUGUGGAGCUGCCUUUUGUUCUCAUGCAUCCUAAGCCCCAUGACCACAUCCCCCUUCCCAGGCCACAGACAGCCGCUCCAGAAGCAGAUGUCCCUGUGGAUACCAACCUCAUUGAAUUUGACACCAACUAUGCCACAGAUGACGACAUUGUGUUUGAAGACUUCGCCCGACUUCGGCUGAAGGGGAUGAAGGAUGAUGACUAUGAUGACCAAUUCUGCUAGGAAGGGGGGGCUGGAGAGGGAGUAGAUGGUGCUUGGAGAGGUAGG